UGGUGGAGCUUGAAAGCGGUCAAAGGCUUCAUUGCUGAGAUAACUCUUUGUGACUUAGCUUUUAACCUCAGGAGUCAAGGUCUGAACAAGUUUGAAAUCCGGCACCUGAACACCAUGAAAACGAUCAUUGCUGCCUAUUCCCAGAACCAGAGUGGGAGUCAUGCCAGCAUCCAGGCCGCACUUCGCACUCUGCUCCGUGUGCCCUGGCCCUCCCAGAAGGACUUCAAGGCCUGCCUCCAGCUGAUCUCCGUCCUCCAGUGGCUGCUCAGCUUCCUCUUCAUGGGGAUUGUUUUCCUGCUUCUUCUCAUCUAUCUGCUUUUCACCAGUUUCUGGCCUAUUCCUGCCCUCUACCUGGCUUGGCUUAUUUUUGAUUGGGACACACCUGAAAAAGGGGGGAGGAGCUGUGCCUGGAUACGGAGCGGGUCCAUCUGGAAUAAUUUCCGAGAUUAUUUUCCUAUUCAGCUGGUGAAGACUCAUAACUUGCUCCCAAGCCAGAAUUAUAUUGUUGGCAUCCACCCCCAUGGGAUCCUCGCUGUCGGUGCUUUCUGCAACUUUGUCACUUGUUCCACGGGCUUCUGUGAAAAAUUCCCAGGCAUCAAGCCCUUCCUGGCCACCCUCGCGGGCAACUUCCGCUUGCCAGUUUUCAGGGAAUACCUCAUGAGCGGAGGUCUUUGUCCUGUGACCCGUGCAGCCAUUGGGCACCUGAUCUCCAUGAACGGCACCGGGAACGCUGUGGGAAUUGCCAUUGGGGGUGCAGCUGAAUCACUCACCUGCCAGCCAGGACUGAUUACAUUAAUUCUGAAAAAUCGCAAAGGCUUUGUCCGAAUGGCCCUCCAGCAUGGGGCCCACCUGGUUCCUGCCUUCACUUUUGGAGAGAAUGAUCUUUUCCAGCAGGUGGUCUUUGAAGAAGGCAGCCGCAUGAAGAGCUUUCAGAACAGAGUCCAGAAACUGCUGGGCAUUGCUCCCUGCCUCUUUUAUGGAAGGGGGUUUGGCUCUGUCCAUUCCCGAGGCUUCCUGCCUUUCCCCAGGCCUAUUACCACUGUCAUUGGAGAGCCUGUGACAGUGCCCAAGAUAGAGCGGCCAAGCUGUGGGACUGUGGACGCAUACCACGCCAUGUAUGUCAGAGCUCUGCUCAAACUCUUCAAUGACCACAAAGUCAAGUAUGGUCUGUCGGAGACGGAUGAGUUGCAGAUCCUGUGACUGAGGCCAGAGUCAUGGGGGAGACUGGGUUGCCAAGACCCCCCCCCCUUCCCCCGAGGCCUCUCUAUCUGAGGGGCUUCUCUUUGGCAAAUGCUCCCAUGCUUCCUAGUGUGUGACUAUUUCAUCUAAAAAGCUGCACUUUUCCUCCUUUCUUCAUUUCCAGCUUUAGAGGAGAGGCCAAAUCCAGGUUCAGGACCCAGUACUAGCAGGGGAAGGUGUCAAGGCCUUGGUUCCAGUAUAGGCAAAAUAGUUGGGUUUGCGCAGCUAAAUUGGGGUUUCCAGCUAAUACAGAAAGAACAGGAAGGGAAGACUUGGACCAAGGUCAGGAUCGUAGAAAGACAGUCCAGGAGCAACAGCAACAUGACUUGGUACAAAAUAUGCUGUGUUUCUUCCUGUAGUGUGCCUGAUCUUCUGAUGUGGUGCUCUUUUCAAAUUUCCCUCUAUUGAGAAAACCAGAGGUGCUUCCCCUAAAUGCAGGGAUCAGGUGGAAAGGAAAGACCAAUCUUUUGGGUGUGUGUGUGUGUGAUGUGCUUUCAAGUCAUUUCUGGUUUAUGGCAGCCCUUUGAAUUAAUGACCUUCAAAACAUCCUAUCAUUAACAGUCCUCCAAACUGAAAGUCAUGGUUCCGUUAUUGAGCCAAUCCACUUCAUGUUGUGUCUUUCUCUUUUCCUGCUGCCUUCAACUUUUGUGAGCAUUUUUGCCUUUUCUAAUCAGUCUUGUCUUCUUGUGAUGUGGCCAAAAUAUGAUAUCCUCAGGGAGAGUUCAGGCUUGAUUUGAUCUAGAAACCAUUUAUUUGUCUUUUUGGUGGUCUAUGGGAUUUGUAAAACUCAGUUUUCUUUCUGUUAGAUAUUUUCACUAUCCAGUUUUUACACCCACAUGUAGUAAUAGGAAAUACAAAUUGACUAUAGUUUCCAGUGACAGUUCCUUACAGUUAAAGCUCAUCCACCUUUCCUUAUGCUAUGUUCUGCAGGGAAAUAAAAUGCAUCCUUGUCUGACA